CUGACUCACACACACACACACACACACACACACACCGAGACUCUGAGAUUUUCCCGAACUCACACCACGAUGGACGGAACCAGCGAACGGCAGAGUUUAGGAAGGUAACCUGGCGCUUCGACCCCCGAGACCGUGUCAGUUCCUCACACACUGACGCUUCAGAGAUCCGCUCAGAUGUCGGGCCUGAUGGGCCGCGUGAGGUCGGUGUUCCGCCGCGAGCCGGAGGACUGGCACCUCAGCGACGCCGCCUUCGACUUCUCCGAGGACCUGGAGGACGACGAGACGCCCCGGUUCAGCCAGCUGAAGGUGGUGGUGUCGGGAGAGGCGGACGAGUUCCCGACGGCUAACGGGUCGACGGUCACGCAUGUGUUGGACGAUGACGACUCGCUCCUGGGCUCCUCGUCGGGUCUGGUGCCGGAGGCGUGUGACGGGUGCCGGAGGAGUCGAGAGAGCGACCGGCGCCGGAGGAUCAUGAGGAAACUGGGCUUCGCCGCUCUGCUCUACUUCCUGUUCAUGGUGGGCGAGCUGAUAGGUGGGUACGUGGCCAACAGUCUGGCCAUCAUGACGGAUGCGCUGCACAUGCUGACGGAUCUGAUCGGGAUCAUCGUGUCUCUGCUGGCGCUCUGGCUCUCCGCUAAACCACCGACGCACAGGUUCACCUUCGGCCUCCAUCGGCUCGAGGUGUUGUCUGCAGGUAUUAGUGUGUUGCUGAUCUAUAUUCUGACGGGUGUGCUGUUGAACGAAGCCGCUCAGAGAACGAUUCAUCAGGACUUCACCAUCGACGGAGACGUGAUGCUGAUCACUGCAGCGGUGGGAGUCGCCGUCAACCUGCUGAUGGGCUUCCUCCUCAAUCAGUCUGGUCAUCUUCAUUCCCACGGCCAUGGCCACUCUCACGGCCACGCCCACUCUCACGGGUCGCCGGGCCGGGGUCAGGGGUCACGGGGUCAGCAGGGUCACGGGAGUCUGGCGGUGCGGGCCGCCUUCAUCCACGCGCUGGGAGAUCUGGCUCAGAGUGUCGGUGUUCUCAUCGCUGCCUACAUCGUCAGGUUCAAGCCGGAGUAUAAGCUAGCGGAUCCCAUCUGUACGUACCUGUUCUCAGUGCUGGUGCUGUUCAGCACAUUACACAUCAUCAGAGACACCGGCAUCAUUCUACUGGAGGGAGUGCCUCGUCAUGUGGAUGUGUGUGUUAUGCGUGCGGAUCUGCUGAAGCUGCAGCAUGUGGAGUGUGUGGAGGAGCUGAAGCUCUGGGCUCUAACAGCAGACAGAACCGCUGCUAUCGUUCACCUGAGGCUCGUGCCGGGGAUUGUGGGUAACUGGGAGGAAGUGCAGUCAAAAGCACGGCGCCUGCUGAUGAUGUCACACGGCGUGACACACUGUACGGUUCAACUACAGACGCAGAGACAUGAGAUGCCACAGUCCUGCACACACUGCCAUUCUCUCUCUCGCUGACAUACACACACACACACACACACACACACACAGAGGAGAGAGAGAGAGACAGGGGGCGCCGCAGUCCUGCACACACUGCCU